AUGCUACCGCGGCCCCCAAGAGCCGCAAAGACAGCUUCAUCCACGACCAAAAAUGCUUCAAGGGCAUCCACAGCCUCCAAACCCAUUCCAAAGCGGAACAAAGAUGCGUUAAUAACACCACCAGCUCAACCCCUCCCAACACCAGCUCUCGGUGAUUCGGAAAUCAACUAUUCCUACGCCAUUGCCCGCGGUGAGAUGGGCGUGCUGAGCUUCGAGCCCUACAAAUCUCUCAUCCUCCCCUUCUGGGCUUUCCGCACAGUUCCCAUUGCGCAUUCCUCUGCCACAGCGCUCUCAUCAAUAUUCACCAGCUACGUCGAGCGGGGAGAUCUUGUCGGCGCGGACAUGACCAGAAAGUUUAUCCAGAUGGGCAUGACACGGGCACGGCGGUACGCCAAUUACCGGGGCGGGAGGAAGUAUGACGCUGAAAGUGGCGAGAAGAAGACAAAGUGGGAGGGCGGUGACGAUGCGCAGAGGGCCGCGAGGACGGAGAAAGAGGAGGCGAGUGAGUUGUUCAAGGGCCAUUGGAGAUGGUGUAUCGAGCACGAGGGGUAUAAAGAGUUGAAGGAGCGGUGGCAGCUGCAGAAGAAGGAAUGGGACCGUGGGCACGGGAUAAAAGGUGGAAAGGAGCAGAGCACUCCUACGCCAAAGGAAGAACGUGAAGUCGAUGAUGAUGUCGGAGCCGAUUGA